UGAAAAAAUGGUAAAAUAUAUAAAAAAGCAUCCAGAGAACAAAAGCAUGGUUGGAUGCUCUGACUUUAACAUAACUUUCUUGCCUCCCAUCCUCUUAUUGAAUUCCUGUAACUGCACCCUUUAAUAAUUUUUUUUUGAAAGCACCCACAACCUAAAAUUGCUGGGUCCACCACUGCAAUAAAUUACAAUGCUCUCAGCAUGCUUACUUUUUUUGACCCCGGAACGAAACUCUUGAAUCCGCCACUGGGAAUUAUAAUGGUUCCCGCCACCAUGUAUCACCAAAGUUACUUUCUUCCAAUGCCUCAACUAUUUAUAUUUUCUUAUUUAAUUUGAUCCUAAGAUCUUUUUCUUUCUUUGAAUAUUUGAAGAGCGAAAAUGGCGUUGAUCAAGAGAUGCAAGAGAACAAUACUUCACCAGAUCCCAAUACUGCUGGUCAGCGCAGUAACAAUGUUACUCCUCCUCCUGCUUCGCCAAGUCCUGCUCUUUCGGCAAACGGAUCUAGGGCAGGAGGGGGCAGACGUGUACUAGGGACGCCUCGUCGCCCCUUCUACAGGACCACUUCGAUUGUUACAACCACUGAUGGCAUCCGGAUCUAUGCAGAGCGGGAUUUGAAUGAUGAAGGAUCAGGUUCAUCAUCAGCUGGAAGAGGAUUUGACACGUGUCAAAUGACUAUUGAUCUGCCGCUCUCGCCUCCACGUCAGCCACAUCCUCCUCGAGUGCCGAACCAGGAGGCAGCACAAGGAGGACAGGCUGCUAUAGGACCAGGUUCGCCCCUGCCUCCACCCCAGCCGCAUCCUCCUCCAGUGUCGAACCAGGAGGCAGCACAAGGAGGAGAACCAGGUUCAGCUAGACGCGAUGACGCGGUGCCUGGGGUGAGGGGGUACCCUGACUUGCCUGAUCUAAACUUGCCACCAGAGGAAGAUGGAGAAAAUUGAAGAAUUUAAUUAUCAGAACUUGGUUUUAUUUAAAAAUUACUAUUUCGUGUUUCCAUGACUUAGAGCAAGGGACAAACAUUGCUGGUUGCACCAAGUCCCCUUGGUUUCUCUAAUCUGCAUUUGCAGUGGUUUCAUGCAUGUUUUUAUUACUAUAUUUUAUUU